GUCGAGUGCACGGAAGUCCGCGCUACCAAGUUCUUACCGGCAGAGUUCGAUCGAUUUUACCGUAUCCCAGUGCGCAGGGAAUCUACGAGAGAGGUAUAAAACGUAAGAUACGAAAACGGGUUUCCAACAUGUAAGGAAAAUGGAAGAUGAAGUUCGCAGUUUGGAGCGCGGCGGGAAGGCAUCCGUCGGACUCUCGUGAGCGAGCGAGGUGGAGACUGGAGGAGACGGACAGAGUGAGCGGGUGAGAGUGAGAGAGAGGGGGAGGGCACGAGAGAGAGAAAACCACAAAAAGCGCAACGAGUGUGAAGUGGGAGAGGAGAGGCGGGGGAACGAGAGGUCCGAGUGGUGCCGCCAACGGAUUGUGGGAGAUCGUCGUCGAGGGAGUCAUAAAAGCCGAGGGCGGGCUGCGCGCUGAGCUGCACUGUGGAGGUAGUAUGCGACGACUCAGCAUGAAGAACAAGCACAGAAAGUCCGAGACGGCGAGCGACAGCGAGUCGGAAGAAAAUGUCGGCGCACGCGCGCUCGGCGGCGACGCAGCUGGCAACGGCGAGAUGCAGGCCGGCAGAAACAACAACGCGCAAAAGUCCGCCACGAAGAGACGCUCGUCGCGCGGUGCAUCGCUGCACAAGCCGGCGGCGCAGGCGGACGGCGACGACGAGGACCUCGACGCGGUAGAGUCGGAAGAGUGGGAAAACGGCGAAAAGACGACCGCCGGUCAGAAAUCGCACCAGAGUAAGCGCCGGAAGAAGGAGGAUCAGCAAGCGUCCACCUCUGCCCGCGACAAGUCCGACGAGGAGUACGAGGUAGAGAGACUUAUGAAUCUUCGUACCAUUAAAGGUCGGCGACAAUUUUUGGUACGGUGGAAAGGCUAUGGAGAAAUCGCAGACACUUGGGAAAAUGAGAAAGAUUUGAAUUGUCCUGACUUGAUGAAACAAUAUUUUAUCGAGGAAGGGGAAAAGGAAGAAAUGAAGUCGUUAAAAGUGGUCAAGACAGAUAAAUCUAAAAAGUCUAAAGUUUCCUCCAAAAAAUCGUUGGAAAAUAACGAGCAAAACGAUAAAGAGACUGCGAAGGAAUUCGAGGUUGAAAAAAUAAUCGAGGUGCGUUUUAAGAAAAAUGGCACAAAAGAAUUCUUAAUCAGAUGGAAAGGAUUCGGUGCAGCCGAUGACACCUGGGAACCCGAAAAGAAUCUGAAUUGCUCGGAACUCAUCGCGAGAUUUAUGCAGAAGGUAGAAAAAGCAAAGACCUCCGAAAUGCGUGAACUGAGAACAAAUCGAGUACACACUAAACGAUACACAUUGGCGACAUAUGACAGCGGCAGAAGAUUGUCGAAACGUAACAGAGAUAAGCAAAGGGCGACUUAUCAUGAAUGCGAUGAAUAAGGAACAUUGCAGUCUCAAUAUCUUUAUUUUAUUCAAAGAAUUUGCAUACACACAUAUAUAUAUAUAUAUAUAUAUACAUAUAGUCCGUAGUUCUACAAAAGAAUGGAAGGUACUUUGUAAGAGAGAGAGAGAGAGAGAGAGACAAAAAGAAAUAUAUCAAAACACGAAUAAUUUGCUAUUACAAUAUUAGAAGUAUGUAAUGUAUGCACGUCCUCUCUUCGAGGAUGAUAAAGAGUCCGUGUGAAUAAGAUAUAUAAUUAGCAUAUAAAUAGAUAUAUGUGUACACACAUACAUAUAUAUAUAUAUGCGCGUGCAUAUGUGCAUAUGUAUUUAUUAAUGCGAAAAGAUUGAGUUUUCAUGAUACUUAUAUUAAACGCGAAUUGACACUAUUGACACUAAUUGUAAGAAUACUAAUUUGUUUAAGUGCGAUACGGAGAAAAAGAUUUAGAUGAUUUUUCGUCUUUUGACCUCGUAAUUGGCUAAAAGUGCCCAAGACUUAAUGAUGAUAAAAAGAAUUGAUUCAAAAUGUGUAGCAAAAAAAAGUUAUUUUCUCCGGCGUGGCGUAUACAUUUUGAGAUGUGCACAGAAUAUAAAAGUUGUGUUGGAGUAA